AUGGAAUCCCCGCCGGAUGCCAAGGGCCUGCGGCAGCGGCAGCGGCACGGGGCGGGUUCCAUCGGGGCAUCCCAUGAGGCAGAGGAAACAUCGACAGACUCGCCGAAAGGAGAUGUCCCCAAAGGUCCAGGGAGAAAAGGGACUUCGCAACCUGUGGCGCUUCACGCGGAAGUCGCGGCUGCCCAGGUUAGCGAUGUCCUCAGUCUGCUACUCUUCUUUCGCUUCAUCAACGCGCUCUGUGUGCGCACUUUCUUCCAGCCCGAUGAAUAUUUCCAAGCUCUGGAGCCCGCAUGGAACAUCGCCUUUGGGGAGCAGAGCGGCGCCUGGAUGACCUGGGAAUGGCAACACCAACUCAGGUCAUCGCUACACCCGGCCAUUUUUGGCUUGGCAUACAAAGCUGCCGAAGAUCUUAUGGGCGCGCUCCACCUGUUCCCGCCGUUCAAGGCCGUCAUGCUCGUCGCCCUACCCGGCGCCCUGCAGUCUGUAUUCGCCACCCUGGGUGACUUUUACACAUGGAAGCUGGCCAUGGACAUUUAUGGCAGGGAGAGUAACUUUCCGUGGGUUGCGCUCUGGAUGACCGCUCUCAACCCCUGGCAGUGGUACUGCUCGACGAGGACGUUUUCCAACUCCCUAGAAACGACUCUGACCAUAGCAGCGCUGUCUUACUGGCCAUGGGGAAUUCUCAAUGAUGCCAAGGGGAAACAACAGUUGCCAUUGCAGGCUAACAUGGGAGUGAUGAGUCUUCGAAUCUCUCUCAUCCUGGCUGCUGUUGCCGUCUUGCUGCGCCCAACAAAUCUGCUCAUCUGGCUCGUUGUCCUGGCUGCGUCCGUCAUCCGUCUAACGGCCACGAAAGGCACGACGUUUCAGUCACAGGCUCUACUGGUACUUUUACGCGAGAUUGCCGUCUGCGGCACCGCAGUGCUAGCCAUAUCCCUCGUCUCCGACCGCUUGUAUUUCGGCUUCUGGACCUUCCCGCCAUACAACUGGCUCUACUUCAACCUCUCACAGUCGCUCGCCGUGUUCUACGGCCACAUGCCCUGGCAUUACUACCUCGUCCAAGGCGUGCCCCUGCUUACCACGACAUUCCUCCCCUUUGUCCUCGUCGGGUUACGCAAGACAUCCGCCGCCUGGUCUUCCCAGGGUUCUGGCGGUUUACAGACUCGCACUCUCGGGACACUAAAUCUCUGCGUUCUAGCCAUGAUUGCCGCGCUUACCAUCAUCUCACAUAAGGAGGUCCGCUUCAUCUACCCGCUCCUCCCAAUCUUGCACAUUCUUGCGGCGCCCUACAUCACCGCCUUCUUCACACAGCCCUCUACCACUCCGGCGCCGGCCUCAAAGCCAUCAUCACCGACAUCCUCUCAGCCCGAAAAGCCCAUCACACUCCGUCAUAAAUGGACGCUAAUCAAUCUCCUGUCCGUCAAUAUCCUCCUCGCCAGCUACCUCACUCUCUUCCACCAGCCCGCGCCACUAUCCGUACUCACCUUCCUACGCACCGAGUUCGAGCGCCUCCACCCCGAUGCCCUUAGCUUCGAUGAACGCGUCACGCACUAUCACCACAACCCGAUCUCACCCACCACCGUCCUAGACAUCCCCAACAACAAUACCAUCACCGACCAAAAAGAACUCUUCGCGCUCUUCCUCACCCCCUGCCAUACCACCCCCUGGCGUUCCCACCUCGUCUACCCAGCCCUACGCGCCCGUGCCCUGACCUGCGAACCGCCACUGCACACGGCCCCCGGCACGACCGCCCGCGCGACCUACCUCGACGAGGCCGACCGGUUUUAUCUCCCCGCCACCGACUCUGCCACUGGAGCGGCCCCCUAUGGCGUCCACUUCCUCGCUGAGGAGAUGUGGCCGCUUCUUUCGGCCCCUCCCCGCAGAGCGGGCGAAAUCCCACGGUACAUCAUCGGCUUCGAGGGUAUCGAGCCGGUACUACAGACCUUUUUCGCCGCACCGGGCCGUGGCAUGGGUGUUCGUCUCACACGUGUCUGGUCGGCGUGGAAUGGGGCGUUUAACGAGGACUGGAGGAGGCGGGGGAGAUUGGUGGUUUGGGAGACGGGCGUGCACGGAUAG